AUGUCUUCUGCAAAAGAGAGUAUACAGGACCCUCGCUCAGACGAGUCGAAGAAGAAAGACCUGAUCGCCCGAGGCGAUUACACCCCGACGCCUGCUGGGAAAAUCACGUUCUUCGUUCUCCGCGCCAUUGAGCCGUAUCUCCAAUACUCGAUCCUCGCCCAUGGCCUCGGCUCGUCCCUUCUCCACCGCGUGGGUCUGCACACGCUGCCCGCGGGGCUUCCUGCGAACACGGGCAUUGGCCUGAUCGAUGGCCUUGGCCUAUCACCCUACAGACUGGUGCUCUUCAGCAUGGCAGUCGGUGCAGCGGUGAAACAGAACAUAUGGGUGAUGGCGCUCUCGGGCGAGCCCAUGCCUGUCGACGGCGCAAUUGCUGUCGGCGCAUUCAACGCCAUCUUCAACACUGUCAGCAGUAUCGCAUUCUUGGUGCGGGCUACGUCUGCGUCCACCGAGUCUGACUUCCCUCAGCCGUCGCUCAUCAUUGGAGGCACGCUGUAUGUCGUCGGCAUCGUCACGGAGCUGGUGGCUGAGAUUCAGCGCAAGCGGUUCAAGUCCGAUCCGAGCAACAAGGGCAAAGCAUACACGGGUGGACUGUGGCAGUUUGCACGACACAUCAACUAUGGAGGGUACACUUUGUGGAGAGCCGGCUUCGCAAUUGCUGGCGGAGGCUACACGCUUGGUGCUCUUGUGGGCGCAUUCUUCUUCUGGGACUUUUCGCAACGUGCGGUUCCCAUCCUGAAUGAGUACUGCGAGAAGCGAUAUGGCGCAGUGUGGGAGCAGUUCAAGAAGGACACGCCGUAUAAGCUCAUCCCCUUUGUCUACUAG